AUGUUUUGCUGGACAGGACAACCGACGGGUCGAGAUGUUCUUGAUGCUCCUGGAGGCAAUUUCCUCCUUGGGGUAUUCGCUGCCUCGUGGUGCAACCUAUGCUUCAUAGUGUAUUUGAGCACAUGUUGCCGUUGGCACAGGCUGGACACUUCAAAGGGGCCCGUGGUCCAUUGCGUUCUGCUACUGUGGGCCUUUACCUUCGAACUCGCCGAAGGCGUGUUACUCUAUCUCUUGGAGGAUGACGCCGUGCCAGUGACUGUAGCCGUGGUAAUUUUCGUGGCCCCGGCCGCUCUGUCUACAGCCCUGUUGUUCGUAGCCCACCGCUCCUUAGGCGCUACUCUACUGAACUUUGCGGUGGAAGCUGUCUUCGCCUACCUCACCGUAUCAUAUGUUGUGGAGAAGUCCGCCACAAACUGGUUGAUUUUCGGCAGCCUGGGCCUCAAUGAGGCUGUAGUCGCUACCGCCUUGCACUUGCUCGAGUCACGCAAAGCGGAGUCGCGUCAAGUCCCAGAAUCCACCGGUGGAGGGAGAUUCGAGCGAUUUCUAUCCCCGUGUUGCCAAUGUUUCGAGCGAUUUCUAUCCUCGUGUUGCCUUAUGUUCCAAGCGAUUUCUAUCCCCGUGUUGCCGAUGUUUCAAGCGAUUUCUAUCCUCGUGUUGCUGGCAUUUCAAGCUAUUUCUUUGCUUCCCGUGUUUCCCGUAUUGCCUGUGUACACAUCUUGGUACUGCAGAAACAUCUGUAGCUACCGCCGGUAUGUGAUGGUCGAAGACAAGAUUAAGCAAGCAUUUCCCUUAGGGGAUCGCCAGGUUUCAGGAGAUGAUAUGAGUGGCAGUGAGGUGGUAGGGGUGGCUACCAUAUUUCGUGAUCUUUUCGCCAAAGGAGCAAGUGAGGUACUCUUCUCAGUCCUCACUCCGCUCCUCUUGCGAUACAUGUACCGGGAGAGCGUUGCAAGGUCGACAACAGCUACAGCUCUCUACGUCAUAGGUCCGUUCGUGGACGGGGUAGUGUUUAAGAUGAAGUACAAGGAACCAUUCACGUCGGUUUCCAAGUUCAAGAAGGCUGGCAAGGUUUUCUUGGUCGUCGGGAACGCGUGCUAUUGUGUAUUUAGGUUGUUCGUUCUGGCGACGACAGUCGCCAAUGUAGGCUGGCGUCCCUUUGAUACUACGUAUGCUAUCGUGUCCGCGACAUUUUCGGCCGUCUGUAUGAUACCUAAAAUUCUGGAUUGGAUUGUUGGCGAUGUUCCGGUGGCUGUGGAGAAGAACGAAGAGCCAAAAAUCGGCGAAUCGCAUCGCCCGGCCGACUAUAUCGGCCCUUCCUCAGGGAUCUUUGAAGUACCACACCCGGUGAAGUCCAAAGCAGCCUUGGUUAUGUCAGUGGACCAGAGCUAG